CCAAUGCCUCCGUCCACGUCGACGUUUCGGACGUCGUGCAGCGCGGAAAAUCCCAGCUCGCUGCUGACUGCGGUGGGACUCGAACUCUGUGUGUGUGUCUCUGUGUUGUGAUGUUGGUGUGACGGCGCCGAGGGUGCGACUGAACAGGUUGCGUUGUGGAGACCGGCUAUGGCCGCGGAAGCGACAACAGGUUUUUCGGGUUUAGCCGGUAACCCUGAAGAACAGCAGCCGGCUGAAGCAGCAACCUCCGCUGGAGGGCUAGACAGUGGCGGUCCAUCGGAUGCAGCAGCGCAGAGUGAGCGUACCAGCCCAGCAUGUGCCGUGGACGGCGCCAGUGCUGAGCCGGUAGCCGUCCCUGCUCCCGAACUCACCGUACCUCUUCCACCUGUCACAUCCGUCGUCGCACCGUCAUCGGAGCUUCCUCCGGUGUCCGAGGUAGCUGCAUUAGCUGCUGGUCACAUAAGCGUCGAAGAAGCCUGCGUCAAAGGGGUCGCACUUGUCCUCGUUGAAGGUCCUGACCAACAACAACAGGUGGCGGCUCUCGUGGUGCCCGAGCAUCGCAUGUCGUCGGGCGGCAUGGUGAUGCCCGACGGGGACGGCGGCGAGGCGGCCGCAUGGCGCACCUACUACACGGAACACCCGCUGACUGCCGCCACCAGCGCCAUGCUCAACAUGUCUGAAGAACAAGCCAUCAUGUACGAGUACGCAUACAAGCAACAACAGCACGCCAACACGUUGCCGCCUACCACGACGCUACCGGAGAUCUGGACGCAUGCCGUCUCUGUAGCUUCGGUUCCGGCGCAGGGUACCCCCGUGUCUCCAAAGGGUACGCCGAGUCCCCCACCCACGAGUCGUGCCCUCGUAACGCAGGAGGACCUGUUCCUGACGGCAGCGUCCAACGUGAAACAGGACCCGGACGAGAACAUGGUGGAAGCCCUCUCGGACGAGCCAAAAGCGGAAGAAGUCACCAUUCCAAUUUCUGUCGUUGUGCAGGUGAAGCAGGAGGCGAGUGAUAAGUCAUCUCACGGGGAUGAUCUCAUCGACCCCAAGAGCCCGUACUCGCCAGUCUUUGCCACCGUGCAGAACGCCCAGCCCUACGGGGAUCUCUUUGGCGUCCUCCCCACUACCACCUUCGCCACGUCGACGACGACGGCUACGACGGCGAGUCCGCGACAAGCGUCCGCAUAUUCCGUGCCUUCCGAGUACUACAGGGAGUACUAUGCCGGUGGUGAGCAGUACCAGGCCGUACGGCAACACCUUGCCUCCGCCUACCCAGAGGGCAACGGAACGGACACCGGCUUCGUUGAACGGUACAUCCGUCAAAACGGCACCGUCAACGGCUACAAGAGCAACCUGCACGGCCUCACGGUCGACCUGCCGUCGCCGGACUCCGGCAUAGGUGAGGCCACGAUGACGCCGCGGGAAUCUGCAGGAUUGCCGCAGAUAUUCGAUUAUUCGGAGCUGUCAUCCCAAGCAGCAAUUCUUACGUCACCAGAGCAGACCAAUGGCAGCUCGACCAGUCGACCUGGCAGUUCGCAAUCUGUACGACGCUCAUGGCACGAAUACGGACGGGCGUCAGAUGCGGACAAGGUUCAGAUACCUAAACUACAGUCAGAUGUAGGGUUUAAGUAUUAUUUAGAGUCUCCAAUUUCUACGAGUCAGCGACGCGAAGACGACAGGAUAACCUAUAUAAACAAGGGUCAGUUUUACGGUAUUACUUUGGAGUACGUCCCAGAUCCAGACAAGCCUCUGAGGAACACCCCAGUCAAGUCCCUCGUGAUGCUGGUGUUCCGGGAGGAGAAGUCCCCCGAGGACGAAAUCAAGGCGUGGCAGUUUUGGCACAGCCGGCAACACAGUGUGAAACAACGAAUACUCGAUGCCGGUACGUCUUACACAAAGAACAGCACAGGGAUCAUGGGUCAAAUCGAAGAAAUUACCCAUAAUGCCAUCGCCUUUUACUGGAAUCCACUAGAGGGCCCAGCAAAGGUCAACGUUGCUGUGCAAUGCCUAAGCACGGAUUUCAGUAACCAGAAAGGAGUUAAGGGACUUCCACUUCACCUCCAGAUCGACACGUACGACGAAUACCGAGAAAGCUGUACUCCCGUUCAUCGUGGUUACUGCCAAAUUAAAGUGUUCUGCGACAAGGGUGCAGAACGCAAAACGCGAGACGAGGAACGUAGAGCAGCCAAGAGAAAAUUAACAGCUACAGGAAAUAGACCAGAUAGCCAACAUCCUGAUGCUAAAGAAUACGAUUCGUCCAUAAAAGAUGGACGGAAGAAGAUAGAAGAAAUGUAUCACCAGUCCUGUGAUAGGUCCGAAUUUUACUCAAUGAGUGAUCUCAUCAAACCUCCGGUGCUCUUCACUCCAAGUGAAGACACAGACAAGGUGUCUGGUAUGGAGCUAAGCUUCUACACAAGCCAAGUCAUCGUACCAGAAGAUUCUUCCUCAGCAGAGAAACCGAAGCUUUCACCAGAUGAAUUGCAGACGACCACGGCUCCAAGCGGAGCAGAGUGGCCGGGGCUUUUCAGCGAGGCCAGGCUGGACAGAAGGGAUAAAAUCGAAACGUGUGCCAAUACUGAAUCUCCUGUCAUCACGCCUCCACUCAAAAAGAUGAAGCUGUUUCCCAAUGACCGAGUGCUCCUCUACGCACGACGGAACGAGGAGGAAUUCUUUCAUCCACUGCAUUUGGUGCCGCCUUCGCUGGCUGGUCUAGCGAAAGCCAUUGAAAGCAAGUACAAAGUAGAAGCAACAAGCAUAAAGAAUAUAUUUAAACGAUGCAAGAAAGGGAUCACGGUACGAAUGGACGAUGACGUUGUCAAGCACUACUGCAACGAAGACACCUUCCUCAUAGAGAUCGAUGAGAACCAGGAGGACACCUACGACGUCACCCUCAUUGAACUGUGACCUGUGCGCACCCGCCUGGUGUUAUAGCUGCUCUCUUUUUCUACUGUACAUAAUCUUGUGUGUAUAUUUACUGGAAAAAUGGGUCACCUGCCUCGUAGUAUGUAGGUGAAACCAUUGCGGCCAAGAGCACUUAAAUCUGACGCUGAGUCAUCUCUACCUGUCAAGUUUCCUUCUUACUGUGUUUCAACUCUUUUCUUAUGCCAUUCUGCUGUGUAGCGAGAUUCGUUGGAAGAAGCACAAUUAUGCCGUGAAGAAGCUACAAAAACUGCGUGCGCCACUUCUUCUGCCAUGUUCUCGCCCAAAUUUCUAAUGUGCCAAAAAAUAAGUAGCUGCGGAAAAGUGUCGUGUUUCUCUGUAGGGCCAGGUCUUGCACAAAGAAAUGGCCAUACUAGAUCCUGCUGACAUGAAAUUUAUAAAUUCUGUACAAGCAGCUGGUAGAGUUAAAAGGUAAAUAAUGCUGAGAAGAAACUUUCGGUAUCGUAAUUAACUGAUUGAAAUGCUAGAAAUGCGUCUAGAACGGGGUAUACGAUUCACAAACGACGCAUUAAAGAUUUAAAAUUGAUUUACCGUAACGCAUGGAAAAUGAGCAACACGAAUUAGAAUGCACCGCAACGAGUUAUUCACGUGCAAAACACACAAAAAAGUAUUUGCAAGGAAACACUUUGUCAACGAGUGUUGUUAGAAACAUCCCUUUGCAUUUCUUGAACCCUCUCCAUAUUUCAAGUUGGGUGUCCUGUUUCCCCACAAAACUCUCGAGGCAAUACUGACCUCACUGCCAUAUUGCUCAAUGCUCAGUUCUGUGUCCAAACUGACCCACUCAAUGUUUGGCACAAAGCCUUUGAGUAAAAGUUGUUGUCGUAUAAUGGUAUAUGCCUUUCCAUUUUUUAAGAUUUCUCUGCGCUGUUUUUAAGAGCUAACUGAAUCGCUGGUGCACAGACAGCCAGUCACUCGUGCCUUCUCCUUCUCUGCCGCUUUGUCAUCUGUUGUGUGUGUGUGUCUGCUGCUUGUGCAUGUGUGCAUAUUUGUCUUGGAGUGAGAAUUUGCGAAAGAAAUGCGACAAAAAAAAAAAAUAUGCGACUGAGUAUUAGCGAGACAGUGUUGACUUUCAUAAUGUUACAUUCCCCGUGUUCCAUUGAGAUACUGUAUGAACAUAUCUUGAUAUAUAUAGAUAUAUAUAUAUAUCUGUAUGCCUUUUCUUUGUGCAUGUCGCUUCUGUUAUCAAACUUGCAACCACUGCAGCUGCUCGUGCUUCACCGUAGCUUUGAGAAUUACGCCCAAUCGGAGACAGUGUUGCUGGCAAUGCUUUCAUGUUUUUUUUAUGCCUAUUACUGCUGCGCAAAUUUUCCGGACGAUGUACUGAAAGAAAUGGACUUCUUUCAAUCGUUUUGUGUUUUCCAAAUGGACCUUGGAUGUCGUUUUUUUGUAUUUCCAAUACAGGGCAGGCACUGUGAGCAGUAGCAUAGCCAACUGUGGGUAAUUUUUAGGUUGUUCGGCCGUUAUUAACUGAAGUUCUCGUUAAAAAAAAUUGUGCCGCCAAAAUUGCUAGGAAGGGAAAGGGGGGGGGGAGGAGGAGGCUGGCUAUGUUACUUGAUCAACCUGAUGAAUUUUCUCAAAAACUGUUUUCUCUUUUUUAAGCAAGUUUUGUAACAGUGGCUAAAAUGGUUCGAAAAUGCAAAUUAUAUGUGCAAUACUGUUUUUGCGUUUGAACAAAUGUUUGCUGUGAAGAAAAGAAUCCACGCUGCUUGUUCAGAGGUCACAAGCUUGUCAAUCAAACUGAGCUACUUACAUAGGCUCUUUUAUCCUUGUGUGUUUGGUUAAAGAUAAGAGCCAAGCUCUGGCCAUAUCCAAAGAGCUACCAUGAUCAAAAGAUGCCAGGCUGACUCCAAGCUUUCUUAGGCUUUCGAAAAUCGUUACAAUGUACCCAUUGUAACGGCGUUACGUUUCCACGUGUUUGUAAUUUAUGGCUUGUAAAGAGUGUUUUUUUGGUUUUGUACGGGCUGGUUUAGACCAAAACAUACUUUUAUGUGCCUAUGCGUACUUGUGUUCCCAAAAUUAUUUCAAAGCGAGCAGCUUUAGCUUGACAUGUCGCACGCAAUGAAAAGGCAGGGAAAAGUAUUCGGGCCCUUUAUUUAUUUAUAAUUUGCCAGGAAGCAAAAAAAAAAAAAAAGGAAAACGGUUAAUAAGUGCUAGUAAGUUUUUGUUUGAACCAUUCCGUGUAAUAUUAAAAUGUGCAUCUAUGUGCUUUUAUUUAUUUUCCUAAACCUAAUCUUAAAUGUUGCAAGCUCGUGGAAAUGUAACAUCGUCACGUGAAAUCAACAGUUGAAGACAACGCAAAACAAUCUGGAAACCGCAGUGUGCUUCAACCCGGGCCGGCAUAAGCAACGGUACAAAUUACCCGGCCAUUUCUUAAUACCAAUAACCGUCACGGCUAAUGCUGUCGAGGCUGUCAAACAAAUUGAGAUGUGAAGAGAUGCCAAGAAAAAGUUUAUCCCCUGUUGUGGCUGUUGUUGGCUAGUUAACUGGGUGACUGUCAUGUGAGAACUUUUUAAUUCUUAAAUGCAUAUUCAUUUGUGAGAAUGUUGUACAGUGUUUCACUUUUUAGCUUUUCUUUAUCAUCAUCACCUUCAUUUGGAAACAGGGAAGUGAAAAGGCGAAGUAUUCUUGUCGUAAGGUUAGCCUUUCGUCACUGGAGCGAUCUUAUGUUUUUUGACACUGGCGUGAGUUUAAAAAAUCUGGUAGACACUGUCGCAAUUUCGAAGGAGCCUUCUUGCAAAUGUGAUUCUGGUUUGUUUACCACUUUAGUAAAUUUUGUGAGGAGCCAGCGGAAGAUAAAUGACAAGAAGGUUAAGAAGACAUACUAUCUAACAAAUACUCUAACUGCAAAAAGAAGGCUUCUCAGAGCAAGCUUGCCGACUGGCCAAAUGCAGUUUGCAAAUAGCAGCCCUCCUCACGGGCUUAUUCGCGCUUUAGCCAAUCUGUUUGUCGGUAACUGUAUCAAAAAUGUUGAUCCUUCAUAGCUCCUUGCCGACCCUACGCCCUGACCCACGGUACACAGGCAUGAUCAGACCUCUGUUUCGCUUCUACUGUACAAAAGUUUGUUCUUACGAUGAGAAUGCUGACCUGAAGAUCUUGGACAAAAAAAGCCGAAACUUGCUAGAAAUUCUUGGGUGUGCUUGGCUACUCUUGUACAUUUAUUAAAUAAUGUGCCAUACUUACUAUGACAGGGGUGUGCUAGCCAAAGACCGAGUCUUACCGAAUUUGAAAGUAACAAAACCGGGUUGCGUUGCCGUGAACGUGCUGUUCUCAAUCACCGCUUGAACCUUGCCACUGCUUAUUUUUUUUCAUCCUUUGUUUGCACGCUAUACUGCGGCAUACACUAGCAAAAGUCAUCUUGUAUUAGAUACAGUAUUCCUUGUUGUAAGCUUCAAAUGUGCGCUUUUGUCAAUGCCUUCGGUUGUUUUGAAAUAAGAGCACACCACCAAUCGCUUUUGUAGGCUGUGUUUCUCUUAUCCAUUGUGACAUUCCAUAUUCAAAGAUCUCCCAUUCUCUUGUAUACAUACAUAUAUAUCUAAGUUAUAUAUGUAUGCCUGUAAAAGCAUAUUACUCUCCUGACAUGAAUUUAUUAAAUAAAGCCUGCCUUAUUUGUUUUGUGGUA